ACUGGGCAGGCGCGGGGCGCGCGCAUGCUCCGCCGCGGGCCGCUGGGGUCUCGAGUCGCUGCAAUCUGUUGCGCCGCCGCCCGCGGGAGCCGGCAGAUCCGGGUCUCGUGGCUUACAGUGACGUGGUCAAUCGAAUCAAAACAGAGGAGGGGAGGAAGCCAGCGGCCAGGAGCAGCAGCGGCCGCGGCGUCCCGGGCAGCCGCAGCGUUCCGGAAGCUUCAGGCGGUCUUUCUGCCGAGCCUUGGUCCCGGCCCCCAUCCUCCCCGCCCCGUCGGUUGUUGUCUGGGCGGGUUUGAUGAAGUCAUUAGGAUGCGUCCUUUGUUGUGAUUGACAAGACAGGAAAGCUGCCAUCCCGAAAGCGGGAGCUUUUUUGGUCCUGACUGUGGUGCGAAUUGAAAGUAUUCUUUUUCUGUUUGUUCAAUUUCAACAGUCAAGUUAAAUCAAGCUGGGCAAUCAUGGCAGAAGGUGGAUUUGAUCCUUGUGAAUGUGUUUGCUCUCAUGAACAUGCAAUGAGAAGGCUGAUCAAUCUGUUGAGGCAGUCCCAGUCCUACUGCACAGACACAGAAUGUCUUCAGGAAUUACCAGGGCCCUCUGGUGAUAAUGGCAUCAGUAUUACCAUGAUCUUGAUGGCCUGGAUGGUUAUUGCAGUGAUCUUGUUUCUACUGAGACCUCCUAAUCUAAGAGGAUCCAACCUAACUGGCAAGCCAACCAGUCCUCAUAAUUUCAAAUACUUCCUCUUGCAAAUAAAAAAGAUCAGCUCCGCCUGGUUUAAACAAGUGGCUUUAUUGGUUUUCACAUCAGAAAAUCCAGAGAGGGACAAGAUCCACCAGCCCCUCCUGUGGACUAACUUUGUGAUACGGGAAGUGAAAAUAGUUAACACCUUGCACGACCAAAUGAACGAAGAUGACCAGAGUACUCUUAACCCCAUUAGACUGUUUUUCCUUUUGCAUCUGCAAUAUGGGAUGGUAUUGUUUCCAUGAGCUUCUAGAAAUUUCACUUGCAAGCUUAUUUUUGCUUCCUGUGUUGUCACCAUUCCUUUUUACAGUAUAUUUGAGUAAAUAAUUAUAUUAAAAAAGUUACAUGGGCUUUUUUGGUUAUCCUAAACUUAAACAUUCCACUCAUUCUAUUUGUAACUGUGAUCAUAAUUUUUUGUGAUGAUUUCUGGCCUGAUUGAAGGAAAUUUGAGAUCUCUGCCUUUAAAUAUUUUAAAUAGUUUUGAUAGGUUUUAAAAUUGCUUUUUUUCAUAAGGUAUUUAUAAAGUUACUUGGGGUUGUCUGAGAUUGUAUGAAAAAAAAUUAGAACCACACUGUAUUUACAUUUACCUUGAUGUUUAUUUGUGGGUGGCAGUUUUUUCUAGUUCUUAGGACUGUGGCAGCCUUUGGAAUAUUUUACAAAUCUGUGUCAUCCACUACAACUGGCUUAUGUGGCUAGGAAAGGAGAGGAAAAGAAAUGAAAUAGUUGUUUACUAAGUUUUUUAUUCCCACAAAAAUGUCUAAUAUUAGGAGAACUUUAAAUAAACGUGAUUUAAAUAUGGUGGAUGAUUUACAGUCCAUUAUAGCCUUACAAGGUUUGCAAAAGGAGGGAAAAAGUUAAUUCUUUCUGCCUUUGCCAGGUAUAUUCUAUACAGUAAUAAUUUAAGCUAUAAUUUAUUUGUUAAAUGGGUGCCUCUCAGGAACCUUCUUUUCUGUUCUAACACUUCCCUGUUAAAUGGAACUAUCUUAAAGCUAUAAUGGGGGCCUAUUUCGUUAACUGACAUUUGAAUGCUAUUUACUUAUUUAGUCUGUUUUUUUUCUGUGAAGAAAAAAUCGAGUCUUUUGUUAUCCUUCUGACUUUAGAAAAUAUUUGAUGAAUUCUUGGUUUACUCCAAGGGAAAAGGAGGAAAAUGAAAACGCAAUCAAGGAUCUUUUUCUCACCCCUUAUAUCAUUCUUCUUUAGUAAAAAGAUGGAUUGGGGUGGGGAGCUCCAUUAAUAAAAGUAAAAUUUUGAAAUGUAUAAAAAGUAAAAGGUUGCAUUGUUUUGCUCACUUUGAAAGAAAAUGAAUACACAUGGCAUAAGAAACAAGUCUGCAUGACCUAUGUGGUUAUGGAAUUUUUUUCUUAGCAAGUGAUUACAGAUGGUUUAUGGGGACUAGAAGAUAUUUUGCUAUCAUGUAAGGAUUUUCCCCCCAGAUCAGUCUAGCUUUUCACUGUAUCGAUCUGAGAAAUUACUUGUAUGAACUAAUAAACUUCUCUAUAUCAUUGUACUGUUUAAUAGAGUCUCUGAUACAAUUGUGUGACGCUCCUAGGGUAUUUUUUCCCCUUUAUUAUGAUUACAUUUUAGGCCAUACACUUUUUAAGGGCUUCAUUUCAUUAUAUAAUCCAAUAUUGACUGCUUGCGUUCCUUCUGUGCAUCUUAGCUUUGUGCUCAACUUCUUGACAUAAUAUAACCUACUCUUAAUUAGUUGUGCUAAUUGAGAGAUCAUAACAAGGUAAGUGAAAACUUGGAUAAAUGAGCACCAUAGAUUUAAGGUUUUGUCUUGCUGUGGUCUACUGGAAGCCUUCCCAGCUUUAUAGCUAUUCCAGUAUUUAAUGCAGAAAGGGCAGGGAUGGCAUUUGAUGGAGCUAAAUCUCCAUAAGCAUUCCUUUUUCUGCCCUUGCCCCCAGGACUUUGAAGGCUUGCACAUAUAUCCUAAUACUCUGUUGUCUAAGCUGCUAGAAAGCCAGUCUCUGGCAGAGAUACUGAUGCAUUCACUGAAUCUGUGGCUCACAAAUAAUUGAGAACUGGCUUUGGUUGAAACCAGUUGGCCUUGACAUGGAAACAGAAUAUCUAGUGUUAGCUAGAGACCUACAAAUCUAGAUUCUUAUUCCUGGUUCUUCAUUUCUGUCACAUACACUAAAUUGACAGUACAUCUCUGGUGUAUUAACCUUUUCUAUAUGGACCAUCUAAUUAGCAACAAAAGUUCCUAGAGAAAUACUUAGUUUUGGGUUUUUUGCUUGUAAAAUUUCUCUGCAUUCCUGAGAAAGACUGAGUACUACUGCAUAUAAAGUAUUCCUGGUAAUCUAACUAGUAACUUAUAUUAUUCUAUUUAAUUCUUAAAGCUUCUACAUGUGGCCUUUUUAUUUAGCACAUUCAUAUUCAUUACUUGGCUUGUAAACAUUCACCUGAACUGUGGCUAUAAUCAUUUUUAAAUCUGGAAAAAAGAAAGAUAAAGCUUCAUAUUUUAAUCACUUUUGGCUCUUAAAUAUUCCACAAAUAAUAUUACGUUUAUAUUGUUUUAGAGUCAUUUAAUGUCCCUUAUACAAAAUGUUUUCUUGCUUUCCAUAUGGAAAAAGUUAACAUUGGAACUGUGUAUAGUAAAAGAUUUUAUCAUGUAUCUAUCUAAGCACUAUCCCAUGGCCAGCAAGUCAUUUUUUAAAUAACUUGCAGAGAUUUUCCAAAGUAUUAGGUUCAGCUAUUCCCUGGUUACUUUUAGUGUCAUUGUGGUAUGUGAUGUGAUAGUGUUUAUAGAAUUACUGAUUUCUCAUAUUUUCAAAGGAAGCUUGGAAAUUGAUCACUCUGAAUUUGUCACUCUAAAUAAAAGUGCUAAAAUUUGACCAGCUCAUCAGCUUAAGACAUAAAACAGCAACUUGAAGGAGAAAUGAAGAGUUUACACAUAAUGGGUUAAAUUUUUGUUGUUGUAAUAGUAGAUUUAGUCUUAACAUAAUAUUUCUAAAGGAAAAAUCAGAUGUAUUUGUUGUCAUGUCUGAUUACUUUGUUAAAAGCGAAAGUGGUCAUGUGAUGUACUGAAUAUUAAUUGCUGUUUUUAAAUGUUUAAAUCAUGCCAAACAAAUCAUGUCUGUGCCAUCCAGGGUUUAUUGUAAUCUUUUACUGAGUACUUGGACUGGGAUAAAGGGCUUGUACUAUGCACUUUUUAUUAAUGAAUAAAUAGAAAACAUUAGUAAUGUA